AUGGGUUGCCACCCUUCUGCUCGGAGGGGUUUGGGCGGUGAUGGCACUGGAGGCAUCCUCUGUCUGGCAGGGGCAGAGACCACGGCAACUGUUCGAAGAGUUGCAGGUGCUCAUGGCCUCGCCCUAACAGAGGUGUCCACUCUCGCCGAUGCGAUGUCGCACCUCGCACGAGGAGGUCGCUGGAUGGCCAUCGUGGCCGCGCUCGGGACGAGACGUGAGGAUAUGCUCUUCGAUCGAGGGAAGGAAAGCAGCUUGAUCCUUGCAGCAAAGCAGCUGGAUCCUCCACCCCUGGUUGCGGUUUAUAGCUGGACAGCAUGUGAGAAGCACAACAUAGCAUCACGCUGCCGUCGCGCUGGGGCGGAUGCAGUCAUUUGUUCUGCUGAGGGCUUGACCGAUUUACUUGUGGCCCCGGCCCCGCGCGUGCUAUGCCUUGCAGGUGAGGAAACCACAGCAACUGUUAAGAGCGUCGCUCGCAAGUACAACUUUAUGGUGGUCAAAGUUGCGACAAACGAUGAAGCCUUGGACCACGUUCGCAACAGAGGUCCUUGGGGUGCAGUCAUCGCUGCCUUGGGCACUCGCCCGGGAGUUGAUCUUAUCUUCGACGGGGCAGCUGACAGAAGUACCCUUAUCUCUGUGGUAAAGAGGCUUAAGCCAUCGCCUACAAUGGUAGUCUUCAGCCACACCGCGUGCAAGCACGGCGUUAUGACCCAGGCAUGCACGGAUGCUGGCGCGGAUGCGGUACUCUGCACGGCAGACAACCUUGAAAAGCUAGUAGCUGCCAUUGAGGCAAGCCGCGCAUCCUUUAUGCUGGACACCAGCGCCCCUGAUGUUCCACCUGAGCCCAUUCCGGACAUGGAUGAAGAGCUUCCAGCAAGCCCCUUCACCAUCUACAGGACGACGGCAGAGUACCCAAUCGUCGCCUCACGGAUCGAGGAGAACCGAGAGUUGGAACGGAAACUAGGUCCAUCCCAUCCAGCAGUCAAGGACUUGUGGUUACUGCUGCGUGAAAUCGAGGAGAUGCUCAACAGGUUACCGCAUCCUCUAACAGUCACAUCCUUGUCCUCCACUCCUCCAGUGCGUUUCGUCCAUAUCUCCGAUACUCAUCACCAUCACAAGAAUGUGUACUUGCCACCUGGAGAGGUACUGCUUCAUACAGGAGACCUGGUGGGCAACUAUGGAGACAGGGACAUCUUUAAGCACCUAGCAGAUUUCGUGGAGUGGCUCUUCAAAAUCAGCGAACGCUUCAGGCUGAUCGUAGUAAUAGCUGGGAACCACGACACCUUACUGGAUGAGAAGAGAUACCCGAGAGAUGCGGCGAGAGCUAAGAAGCCCUUUCUCGAAAGUCUGCCAGGCAAUGUUGUAUACUUGGAGAACACUCUUGUAGAAUACCAGGGGUUGAAGAUUUGGGGAAGUCCAACGGUCAGUUGCCGGGAAGAAACCCUCGGCAAGCGGUACCUGAGCAAUGCUUUCGAGCGGCCUCGGGCAGAACGGCAGCAGAUCUGGUCAAAGAUACCAGAAGGCCUGGAUGUGUUAAUGACCCACACACCUCCCCAUCAGAUUCGCUCGCAGGACUGCGGCUGUGAGUUGCUACUGAAGCGAUUGGAGCAGCUCAGCGAGCCCCCGCGCUUUCACUGCUUCGGACACGACCACGACUUCUUCGGAGUGGAGGCGAAGGGCAGGACCAUCUUCAUCAACGGCGCCCUCGAGGAGGUGCGGCGGAUGGAUCCUGGCAGAGCAGCCCAGCUCUGUGGCUGGGUCUUCGACCUGCCCCGCAAAGACACGGAUGCUUUCAUGCGCAUGGCUAGCAACGACUAG